AUGCGAGCGACGUCGCGGCUUUUCGCGACUGUCAAAUCAGCCUCGAAAUAUCUUGAACCCAACACGCCAACAGGCCUAACAGGGCUCACUACACAUCCAUCACCUCGUCCUGCCCUCAUCUACACCUACCGACAAACCCUCAAUAAACUCGCCCAACUGCCCAAAAGCUCCGUUUAUCGUCAGUCCACCGAGGCACUCACAAAACAGCGGCUGGAGAUAAUCGAAUCCGUGAAACCCGAGGGUUACGAACAAUGGCUGCAACGGGUGCGCAAGCAGAUCGAAGCCAGCCCCUCUGCUUACAAUAAACUGCUCAACGAAGAUGGCUCGUUGGGUAGUGAGAAACUGCAUGUGGAACCAGUGGACAAUUGGGACGGCAAGAUCACGAGGCAGGACGCGAAAUUUGAGGGACCAAACUCAUUGGCUCAGGCAGAGGCAAAAGCAAGGGCUGUCAGUGAUGAAGUGCGAGAGAAGGAACUGGAGGACAAGGAAGGGAUCCCGCCCACUGUAGAGGACCUGGAGGUGGAACCACCAUUGACAAAAGAGCAGAUCGAGGGAAUCGAGCAGAAGAUUGGUGCGGGCUUGAUCGAAGAAGUUAUCCAAGUUGCCGAGGGCGAGCUGGACCUGGUGGGAGAAAUGCUACAAUAUCAAGUAUGGGAAGAUCUGGAAGAAAAGACCCCCACGGGUCAAUGGGUAUACUUUGAACGUGGCGAUAGAGUCUAG